AGGCCAACCCUACUCAGCGCGGCGCAUGCGCUUCGGGACAGGGGAAACGAUGGGCGGGGCGUAGUUUGCAGAGUCCCCCAACAACAACUCAAUAUGGCGGACCUGAGCAAGAAGUACUGCGUCUACUGCUUAGCUGAUGUGACCAGCCUGCGUCUGCGUUGUACCGAGUGUCAGGACAUCGAGCUAUGCACAGACUGCUUCUCAGCGGGGGCAGAGAUCGGCAAUCACCGCCGGUGGCACGGCUACCAGCUGGUAGACGGCGGCCGAUUCACACUAUGGGGGCCCGAAGCAGAGGGAGGCUGGACCAGCAGGGAAGAGCAGCUGCUGCUCGAUGCAAUCGAACAAUUUGGAUUCGGAAACUGGGAGGAUAUGGCUGCACACGUGGGAGCUUCCAGAACACCAACAGAAGUAAUGGAACACUACGUCACCAUGUAUAUUCAUGGCAACCUUGGGAAAGCGUGCAUUCCAGACAGUAUCCCCAACAGAGUAACUGACCACACAUGCCCCACGGGAGGUCCGCUGUCCCCGAGCCUAACUACCCCGCUGCCUCCUUUAGACUUGACAGUUGCAGAUCAGCAGCAGCUGGGAUACAUGCCACUCCGAGAUGACUAUGAAAUCGAAUACGACCAGGACGCAGAGACUCUAAUUAGUGGGUUGUCUGUGAAUUACGACGACGAUGACGUUGAAGUAGAACUAAAAGAAGCCUAUGUGGAUAUGUAUGUGAGGAAACUUAAAGAAAGGCAGCGGAGGAAAAACAUAGCUAGGGAUUACAAUCUUGUACCUGCCUUUUUGGGUAAAGAUAAAAAGGACAAAGACAAACCAGCCAAACGGAAAAUUUCCAAAGAGGAGAAGGAGCUCCGGUUAAAACUGAGGCCGCUGUAUCAGUUUAUGUCAAACAAGGAAAUCGAGGACUUUUUCGAGAACAUGCACAAAGAGCGAAUGCUUAGGGCUAAAAUCCGGGAACUGCAGAGGUAUCGCCGAAAUGGCAUUACCAAGAUGGAGGAAUCUGCAGAAUAUGAGGCUGCCAGACAUAAACGGGAGAAAAGGAAAGAAAAUAAGAACACUGCGAGCUCCAAGAGAGGGAGAGAAGACGGUAAGGAGAGUGAAUUUGCUGCCAUUGAAAACCUUGCUGGCUUUGAACUGCUGUCUGACAGAGAAAAGGUGCUGUGCAGCUCCCUCAACUUGAGCCCCACUCGCUACCUGACUGUAAAAACCAUCAUCAUUAAGGACCACCUACAGAAACGGCAAGGGAUCCCAUCCAAAAGCCGCCUCCCCAGCUAUCUGGAUAAAGUAUUAAAGAAAAGGAUUUUAAAUUUCCUAACAGAGAGUGGCUGGAUAUCUAGAGAUGCAUCCUGACAGGUUCUUCUUUGAAUGACUUUCUAGGCACAAAGAGUCCCAUUAUGGUGCGUUUUUAUGUCCUUUUAUCCCUUCAUGCUACAGUGAUAAGUGGCCAUUGGAUUUCUCAUUACAGGAAUGGGACGAAAAUACCCCUGGUGUUAUGUUUAAUACAUACAUUCACACUGUGCUCUUAUCACAUGUACUUCAAGUGCAACACAAGGAGUUACCCGGCCGUUUGUAACCAAGGUCUAAUGCAGGUUCAGUGGCUGGCAAGGAAUUGCUCACAAAAUGUUUCCCUACAUGUAAUUCAAAGGGAAUUGCUGCUGUGCAAUACAGAGAAAAGGGGCAAUUCAUACCCAUACAUUUUUCUUGUAUUUUGUCUAAAUUGGAGAACAUAGGGGGUAAUGUAAACCAGGUAGGUGAAGCAGCUGCUCGAUCUGCUACCAUUCUGAUUGACAGAAAUAAGUGUAAAAUUGUGAUUAAACUGUUUGCAGAUCCUA